CUAGCAGCGUACCCUUCAAUGUUUGGCAAAAGAAACCAUCGGCCAUGUUCCACCAGCCCCCACCGCCAUCAGUGCCUGAACAACCCACCCCUCACCGUCGCUCUAUCUCUCUCUCUCUCUAUCUCUUUCUCUCUCUCUCUCUCUAUAUCUUUUUCUCUUUCUGAUUCUGAAAGUCGGUGAUGGAGAGAUUGGGUGAGGGCUCCUGCUUUCUCCGGAUAAACAUGUAUGUACGCUUGAAAAUCCCCCUUCUGUUCAGCAGUUGUAUACAGUGAGGAGUCUGCCGACAAUGGCAGCAAUCGGUGGAGGAAGCGGUUCCUCAAAAUCAAACGCCUCAUCGUCUGCUUCCUCUCAUCAAGCCCCCAAAAUCCUAUUAGCCAAGCCAACUCUAGUCACUACCGCCAAGUACAACCAGAGACCUGGUGGCGGUGGAGGCGGCGGUGGUCCUGAUGACGCUUCAUCGUCACUCCGCUCCCGCCUUCCCUCCGUUGGCUUUCUGAAUCUGUUAUCCGACUCCUGGGAUUUCCACACCGAUCGAUUCCUUCCGGCCAUGGCUAAGCAUUGUACAGUUGGUAUUGAACCUAGAAUCACUUUUGAAAGGAUCAUACUUCUUGAUACACAGCCUGUUUAUAGUCCAUCGAUUUUGGCUGAAAUGAUUAGACCUGAUGGUUCAUCCAUAAUAUCAGUUUUGGGUGGUGAACCCUUACCUGCUGAGUUGGCUCAUGAACUCAUGGGCAUACAGGAACCCUUGUAGCUUGGUGUUCUCUUAACAUCCAUUUGUCACAUUAUAUUGGUGGUUUCAGAAGGAGUUCAUGAUAACAACAUGUGGCGUUUGAUGGCAACAGUGGACUUGCUAAAGCAUAGCAUACUAGACCCAUCCUCUUUGUCUCUUUCACAUCCGCGGAGCUCUAAUUUAGGAUCUGAUAAAGAGAUGGAAGAUAAAAUUCAAGAGGUUGGAGAAGAAUACAUGGCUUCUCCUGUUUUUGUGCACACAAAUACAUGAAAGUGCCCCUUAGACAAUCCAAGAUGUGAAGCCAUUCGAGAUGGAGAAGUGAUUCCGAAAUCACUUCUCAACCAAGAUGAACAUGAUGAUUUCAAGACAGUUGGUUAUCCGAGAUCUGAAGACUUUGAGAUCAUUCCCCAUUACGAGAUGGGAUGUUAUUUUAAAGAUGAAGUGGAGAUUCAGAGAUGGAGACUCCGAAAUGACUAGUUCCGAGAUGCCUUGGAUUCGGAACUUAGUCAACUUUCCCUGACAUGAAGAAAGUUCUUUUUAUUUUACUCCAUUUUUAGUAUUAUGUAGAAUCAGAG